AUGUCCACAAUAAAUACUGCCUCUAAAUUUGUUGACUUACAUGAUUAUCAGGGGCAGUCAAAGGAAAAGCAUAAAUCGCAUAAUAAUGUUAUUAAAGCAGAUAGCUAUAAUUCAGUUCCUAAUGAUUCCAUUAACUCAAUUGACCGUACUGGAUGUUACAUCGCAAAACAUGAUUCUCCCAAACAUCCAAGCACGUGGGGGGAAGUAUAUGAUCGACGUCAAAUGCUAAGGAAUAUAUGUUCUACAAAACGUUCAGCUCCAGCAACAUCAAGCAAGUAUUGCCUUGCUGUUAAACCGUCAUCCUACCCUCUUUUACCACUAAAAUUGUUGGAAAAACGACCGCUCCAUGUGUCACCACAAUUAGAUCAGGGCAGAACGCCGCAAGGGGAACUGAUCGAUAAUUUACGAGAAGAGCUUUACGGAAUUAAACGAAAUUACGCUGCUGUGUUAAAGGAAAAUGUUAUAUUAAAAACGCGUUUAAAACGUUCAAGUAACGAAAUAAUAAGGAAAGAUCGUCAACUACAGAAUUUGUUGUUCAUUCAGUCUAAAGGGUAUGCAUCCGAUGACCAGCGAGGAAACAUGCUAACAAUGAAGCAAAAAAUUGUAAUGCUGGAAUCGCUUUUGAAAGAAAAGACUAACGAAAUAAGUCGGCUGAAACAUGAUCGUGAAGCAAUGAUGAUAUCAGGUAAUCUAGAACAUAUCGCAGGUCUCCAAGCAGAAUGCAAACAUUGUCUCACUUACUUUACUCCUCCUCCAAGCAAAAUACGAGCUGACGAUGUACGAGGUUUAACAAAACGUCAAACAGUACCUGAAAGCAAUAAUGCGAGAAAAUUGAAACAAGCAGUUAGCUUUCUGGAGAAAGAAAAUGAUAAGAUGCGUUCAAAACUACGAAUUUUCUUUAACUGUUCAAGUUGUUCUCCCAACAAAUUAUCUACAUUUGAACGAGAAGAACUUAUUGCGCUGAUCAUUCAUUUGAAAAAUGAACUGGGAAAGAAAGAAAGGUGGAGUAAUGUUAAGAAUGGGCAGUCCAGACAGAAAGAUAUUUCGCUGAUGUAUCACCGAAAAUUAUUGCCUGUGAAGCAGAAAUCUGGAAAAUCUACAAACCGAUUGAGAAUUAAGAAGGCGAAAGUGACAAAAUCUCAAAAAAUUGCAACACGGGUCGAAGAAUCGGAAUCUAAUGCUAAUGAUUGGGAAAGUGAUGACAGUCGUGCAAGAACACCACAUGGAAUAGCAGUUAAUACAAAAACGGAAAAUGUAACCGAAAGGCUCGAGUAUUCAUUCAGUGGAACAGAAAGUGUAUCGGAACAAGCAGGAAGAGAAAGCGAAAUAGCUGAACAAAGACAGCAACUAGUGAAAACUCAGACCGAACACGCACCUGAAACAACUCAAAGAAACCGGGAAAAACAGAAAGAUAGCGAAGAUCGAGCCGAUAUACAUGCAAUUGUUGACACCAGUACAGAGCGAUCCACAUUGGAGGAUAAUCAAGACGAAUAUAAAGAAAUAUCCGAAGAUACUGCAAGUAGUCAGUUUAUAAAACGGAACUCAAAUGAUUGUAGUGAAGUUCAAGAAUGGACUGAGGAAGAGAAAUUUUCAAGUGAUGCGCAACAAGAACUAGGAAAGAUAACACCUGUGAAGAAAAUAGAAAUACAAGGAGAUGAAAUAGGAGUCGGAAAUGCAGAAAGAUUUGGGUUGAAAAAAGAUAAGGUUAUGCCUAAUUUCGUUUCCCGAUCAGUAUUACGAAUAACAUCGGCUCAUCUGAAACGCUUGGAACUUUUGAGCACUAAGAACAAUUCCUAUUCAUCGUCUGCAUGA